CGCGCCCUUCCGUGCUGGGCCGCUUCUGUGCGCGCCCAGCCUUCCGACAGGCCAUACGACCCCUCGAUCGCGGAUGCUGCCGCUGCUGGACUUCCUCCUUCACCCAGACGACACGACAGCUGCCGCGACAGACGAGAACCGCACGGUUUGCGAGGAUAGCGCUGCGAGCUGGCGGCACCGGUGCCCUCGGUACAGCAGCAUUCUUCGAGCUUUCCCAAAAGGACAAUGAAGGCACAGACCAGACUGGUGAGGGGCGGAUGCUCGAGGCCAGCAGGGCCGAGAUCAAGAAGAAGCUGGAUGACAAUGACGUUGGGUUCUCGAGGGUAUGGCACUCGCUUCUCAUCGGCUUGGACACGUAUCUUGUCGAACCAGUCAUGACGGGCAUUCGCUUCUUGCAUCUCGUCAUCAUCUUUGUGCCUGUCAUCGUGACAGUGCCGGCCAUCUGGUUCGGCGCUCGCCAGCCCAGCCGCGACAACGAGCGGAGCGGCACAUUAUGGUGGUACGCUUUCCUCGUGCAGGCCAUGGAGUGGGCUGGUCCGGCCUUCAUCAAGCUCGGCCAAUGGGCCGCUUCUCGAUCCGACAUCUUCCCGACGGAGAUGUGUGAAAUCAUGUCAAAACUCCACUCCAACGCCCCCGCCCAUUCCCUCCACGCAACAAAACGCAUCGUCUCCCAUGCCUUUGGCGGCAAGUCCUUUGAGGCGAUCUUUGACGACUUUGACGAGAAGCCUCUCGGCGUCGGCGCCAUUGCGCAGGUGUACAAGGCCAAGCUCAAGCCCGGACUGGCGGUGCCGAGCGAUGGCGAUCUGCCGCGAGAGCCGAGCCUCCUGCGCCACAAGGUCGUGAAGAAUGUCGAGACGGCGCUCAAGAGCUCCCCGAAACGCGUACCCUCGUCCUAUGUCGCUGUCAAGGUGGUACACCCCAACGUCGAACGCACCGUGCGUCGUGAUCUGCGCAUCAUGUACUUCUUCGCCUCGGCCAUCAACAUCAUCCCCACCAUGGAAUGGCUGUCGUUGCCCGAUGAAGUCGCGCAGUUUGGCGAGAUGAUGAAACUGCAGCUCGACCUGCGCAUCGAGGCCGCCAACCUCGCCAUCUUCCGCAAGAACUUUAAAGAUCGGAGUACGGCCUGGUUCCCGUAUCCGUACACCGAGUUCACCACGCGCAAUGUGCUCGUCGAGGAGUUUGCCCAAGGCAUCCCGCUGGCCGAUUUUAUGGAGAACGGUGGCGGCGUCUUCCAGCAAGAUAUUGCCGAGGAGGGACUAGACGCCUUCCUUCGCAUGCUGCUGAUUGAUAACUUUAUCCAUGCCGACCUGCACCCCGGCAACAUCAUGGUUCGCUUCUACCAGGCAGAAAAGCCCAGUCUCAUGAGCUCUCGUGCGAAACACCCCGACGAGGGCGACGACGUGACGGAGCAAGUCCUGGCCCGCCUCCGCCCCUACCGCCACCGCAAAGACCCCGCAGCAUGGGACGCUGAGCUCAAGAAGAUUGAGCACGAAGGCUUCCACCCGCAACUCAUUUUCAUCGACACAGGUCUCGUCACCGAGCUCAACGCCACGAACCGCACCAACUUUCUCGACCUCUUCCGGGCCGUCGCCGAAUUCGACGGCUACAAGGCCGGCAACCUCAUGUGCGAGCGCUGCCGCCAGCCCGACGACGUCCUCGACCAGGAGGUCUUCGCGCUCAAGAUGCAGCACCUCGUCCUCGGCGUCAAGAGCAGGACCCUCGCCCUCGGCAACAUCAAGAUUGGCGACAUCCUGCAGCAGGUCCUCGGCAUGGUGCGCGGCCACCACGUGCGCAUGGAGGGCGACUUUGUCAACGUCGUCAUCAGCAUCCUGCUCCUCGAGGGCAUCGGCCGCAGCCUGAACCCGGACAUGGAUCUCCUGAGCAGCUCGCUGCCCAUCCUGCGCCAGCUGAGCGCGCAGUCGGGCGCCGAGAUGGCCAAGCAUGGCGAUUUCUCCAUGCUCUUUGUGUGGAUGGGCCUGGAGACGCGCAAGUUCCUCCAGGCCAGUAUUGAGGAUGUGGAACGCUUGGUCAAAUAUGAUCUCCUUGCGCCGAAUGUAUAG